AUGAGCUGCUUUUGGAAUAAUUUCUUCAUGCUAUUAGCAGAAGCUUCUGUAGCAAUUGAGCGCGAAAAAAGCAGGCUAGAACGUGUUAAAGAAGAUUUAAGAUGUGAAUUGGUUGAUUUAGUCUUGUCUGUUGGAAUAAAAGAAACGAAGCCAGAUGAAUACUAUUAA